AUGGUUGAUGUUCUAUCGCUAUCUCCACGAUGGAACUGCAGCACAGCGUUGAUUAGGGCUUGUGUUGUUGUGGCAACAUAUCGCAGUUUUUUUUUCUAUCAUUUUGCUGAAGCCUUUACCUUUUACGGUCAUUUGUGCAACAGCAAAGCAGAGAAGAAAAAGUGUUCGAUUCGUGACGGCGCAACCACACCGCGCGGGGUGGUUGGCGGCCUGUUCGACCCGGAAAUGGCGAGGUCGGGACGGCGAAACCAACCCGCGCUUUGUGGUCGACCGCCCCCUCGUGCCGACGCCAGACCCUUCACCGUCGGACGGCACGGGUGUCUGGGCUGA